AUUUGGGAAAGCAGUGAAUGAUUUGAUUGUGCUUAUAUGUCCACAGUUACAAAAAGACCGUCUCAGCAGCCAUCGGAAAAGAAGAAGGAGAUCACGGGUCGUGGUGUUAAACAUGAACUUACAGAAGAUCAAAAACAAGAAAUCCGCGAAGCAUUUGACCUUUUCGACACUGAUAAGUCAGGAACAAUCGAUAUCAAAGAGUUGAAAGUUGCUAUGCGGGCCCUUGGUUUCGAACCAAAAAAAGAAGAAGUGAGAAAACUUUUGACAGAAUUCGAUUGCGACAACAAAGAUUCUAUUGAGUUCUCGGACUUUCUGAGAAUGAUGGCUGUAAAAAUGCAAGACAAAGAUGCAAAAGAAGAGAUGCUAAAAGCUUUCCGCCUUUUUGACGAUGAUGAAACUGGGAAAAUAUCGUUUAAAAACCUUAAGCGUGUGGCAAAAGAACUUGGUGAAAAUCUUACUGACGAGGAGUUGCAAGAAAUGAUUGAUGAGGCUGAUCGCGAUGGUGAUGGUGAAGUCAACGAACAAGAGUUUCUUCGGGUCAUGAAGAAAACUAAUCUAUAUUAAACCUUAUUGAUGUACAUAUAUUUCCUAAUAACUAUAAUUGUAAUUUAAACGGAUUACUUAAAUUUAUACUCCACAAUUACGUUAUAAAAUAAUACCUGCCCGAAAUGUUUUGCGUCUUCUCUAGAAAUACCCGAUACUAUACUUUAUUCUGUACAUUCACUCAUGAAUUGAAAGUGAAAU